GCAAUUAUUUUAAGAGAAUUAUAAAAAAGAAACUACCGGAGGAGCUGACUGCUGAGGUCUAUAAAUGAAGGGAAGGGGCCUGGCGGAAUGGCAAAAGGGUAGCUUUGUGGAAGUGAGGAGUGGGGAGGAGGGGCAGUAUUCGUAAUUAGCAGUUAGUCAUCAUUGGAAAUUAGAAUAGAAGAAGAUGGGUGAGGAGGCCGGUGAAGGCGGGGGAGUAGGAGGAGGGUACACCCAAGAUGGCACCGUGGAUCUCAAAGGCAACCCUGUUCUUAGAUCCAAGAGAGGUGGAUGGACUGCUUGCUCCUUUGUUGUCGUAUAUGAAAUAUUUGAACGAAUGGCUUAUUACGGAAUAUCAUCCAAUUUGAUACUGUAUUUGACGAACAAGUUUCACGAGGGCACAGUUACUGCCUCAAAUAAUGUCACGAAUUGGGUUGGUACCAUCUGGUUGACCCCAAUCUUAGGCGCAUACGUUGCAGACGCUCAUCUCGGUCGAUAUUGGACCUUCCUCUUAGCAUCUGCAAUCUACCUCUCGGGAAUGUCUUUGCUCACACUAGCAGUUUCAGUCCCUGGACUAAAACCUCCUCCUUGCGUGCAAGGCAAUAAUGCUGCAAAUUGCAGAAAGGCCUCUACACUACAACUAGCAGUGUUUUAUGGUGCACUCUACAUACUUGCCAUCGGAACUGGAGGAACAAAGCCUAAUAUUUCAACCAUUGGCGCAGACCAAUUUGAUGAUUUCGAUCCCAAAGAGAAAUUUCACAAGCUUUCCUUCUUUAAUUGGUGGAUGUUUAGCAUCUUCUUUGGGACCUUGUUUGCCAACACAUUUCUAGUCUAUAUUCAAGACAAUGUGGGAUGGACCCUGGGCUUUGCACUUCCAACGCUCGGCCUUGCAAUUUCCAUUGGCAUAUUCUUAGUAGGCACACCCUUUUAUAGGCACAGGGUGCCCACGGGGAGUCCAUUCACAAAGAUGGCUAGGGUCAUUGUGGCUGCCUUGCGGAAAAGGAGGGUGAUUAUUCCUAGAGACCCAAAAGAACUCUAUGAACUUGACCAAGAAGAAUACAUUAAGAAAGGGAAGUUUAGGAUUGAGUCUACACCUUCUCUAAGAUUCCUCAAUAAAGCAGCCAUGGAAACAGGAUCAAACAAUUCAUGGAUGCUGUGCACUGUUACACAAGUGGAAGAGACGAAGCAAAUGUUAAAAAUGAUCCCUAUCCUAAUUGCAACAUUUGUUCCAAGUGCAAUGGCUGCUCAAGUCAACACCCUUUUUGUUAAGCAAGGCACUACCCUUGAUAGACGGAUUGGUAGUUUUCACAUUCCACCAGCAAGUUUAGCUGGGUUCGUUACAAUGUCCAUGCUUGUCUCCGUUGUCUUGUACGAUCAGUACUUCCUCAAGAUGAUGCGGACGUGUACCAAAAACCCAAGAGGAAUUACUCUUCUUCAAAGAAUGGGAAUUGGUUUGGUUUUCCACAUCGUAAUAAUGGUUGUAGCAUCUCUUACUGAGAAUUACAGGCUUCGUGUGGCGUCAAAUCAUGGCCUAGUUAAACAUGGAGGACAAGUUCCCUUAACCAUAUUCAUUUUGCUUCCUCAAUUUGUGCUUAUGGGAAUGGCUGAUGCAUUUUUGGAGGUAGCCAAAAUUGAGUUCUUCUAUGACCAAGCACCUGAAGAGAUGAAGAGUCUUGGGACUUCUUACUCCACAACUAGUAUUGGAAUCGGGAACUUCCUUAGUAGCUUGCUUCUUUCGAUGGUUUCUCGGAUCACCAAGGAGAGUGGGCACCAUGGAUGGAUCCUAAAUAACCUAAAUGCUUCCCAUCUUGACUAUUAUUAUGCAUUCUUUGCUAUGUUAAACUUUUUGAAUUUCAUUUUCUUCAUCUUUGUCUCUAAGUUAUAUGUAUACAAAGCUGAAGUUUCAGAUUCGAUGAAACUGAUUGGAGAAGAAUUGAAGGGGUUUAGACCUAGAGAACGCAACCAAGAAGGAUCAAUUCAUCAAGAGGAGAUGUCCCUAAGGGGUCAUCCUGGUGGUUAGAGCAUGAGACUUGCACAUUAGAGAUCUCAACUUCUAACAUUGGUAGGAUGUCUUUCAUUGUGCAGCCUAAGCACAGGCCUCCAACGCACUCCAAAAGAAGAAGAAAAAGAAGCAGGAGAAGAAGAAAAAAAUAUGCCAAAUACACAAGAGUUGGAAGCUCCAAUUUGUCAUUACAAGCUCCUUAGUAGUUUUAGGUAGGAGUGAUGAUUGUUCACAUAGACUAUAUGCUAGGAUUUUUUUUUUUUCGCAUUAGUUAUAGACUCGUAGUUUUUGCUAUUUUCUAAAACAAAAAACAUAUAUAAUUAAUUAUAGGGAAAAAUAAAGAUUGAAAUUAAUUUUGCCAAGGGUUGUAAGUAUGUAGUCAUCUACAAUUUACUAAUAUUACAUAGUUGCUGUUAUCAAUUUAAGGA